UCACUGGAGGCUGUCACAAGUGACCUCCGGCCCUGCGAAUCUGGCCUCGUGUCUCGGGGCUCGGUCGAGGGGCCUGAUCAAGCCUUGAGAUUCUUGUCGCCGGGUCUGGCUCAUUCCGGCGCCUGCUACCCCUCGAACCUUCGCGGGGCUGCCAUGGCAACUAGUGGUGACAACGUGACGGGUCAGAGAUGUUGCCAUAUUAGCACAGCAACUCGUCACUCUCUGCCACAGGCCAUUGGCGUGACGACCGUCAAGCCGACAAGCCCUAGAGCCCGGCUGUCCACGCCGGGUGCGAUUGAUACCAGAAAAGCAGGCAAACUGCCUUCGAAGGCGAGAGAGCCGACAAACCAGGUGACUUGA